UUUCCAAGUUCCAACUUCACUUCUUCAAAUUCAACCACAAUAGUAACAAUUAACAAGUAACGCUCUCACUUUCUUCCACAACCAAGAAUUCUCUCUCUCUUCAUUCAUUCAUUCUCUCUCAUCACACCUUGCAUGGCCUCGGCGUGCGUGACGAACGCUACCCGCGCGGCGGCGUGCAGGGACGGCGCGGCGACGGCGCACCUGAAAAUGAUCUCGAUAUUCGUCAUCUUCGUGACGAGCGUGGCCGGGAUGUCGUCGCCGGUGGUCCUCGCCGGAAUCUUCCGUGGGAAGCCUCUCUACGACAAGGCCAUCGUCGUAAUCAAGUGUUUCGCGGCGGGGGUGAUACUCUCGACCUCGCUGGUCCACGUGCUCCCCGACGCGUACGCCGCACUCGCCGACUGCCACGUGGCGUCGCGCCACCCCUGGAGGGACUUCCCCUUCGCGGGCCUCGUCACGCUCGUCGGCGCGCUACUUGCCCUAGUCGUGGACCUCGCCGCCAGCUCGCACGUGGAGCAGCACGCGCACGCGCCGGUGGAGAAGGAGGCUGCGGUGGAGCUCGGUGGAGCCGCCGGCGAUGGCGACGGAGAAAAGGGUGAAGAAUUGGCGAAAUUGAAACAGAGGCUGGUUUCGCAAGUGCUGGAGAUUGGGAUAAUAUUUCACUCAGUGAUAAUUGGGGUUACUAUGGGAAUGUCUCAAAACGUUUGCACUAUUCGGCCACUCGUUGCUGCUUUGGCCUUUCAUCAAAUAUUUGAAGGCAUGGGUCUUGGUGGCUGCGUCGCUCAGGCGGGAUUUAGCUUUGGAACAAUUACAUUCAUGUGCUUCAUGUUCGCAGUGACAACACCAAUAGGAAUAAUUUUGGGGAUGGCAUUAUUCUCACUUACAGGUUAUGAUGAUAGUAGCCCAAAUGCCUUAAUCAUGGAAGGGUUACUGGGUUCAAUUUCAUCAGGAAUACUAAUUUACAUGGCCCUUGUCGAUCUCAUUGCAGUUGACUUUUUUCACAACAAGCUUAUGAACUCCAAUCGCCUGUUGAAGAAAGCAUCUUUUGUUGCCCUAACCCUUGGUUCUGCUGCAAUGUCUAUUCUCGCCCUAUGGGCUUGAAAAUUUUGUACCUUGCGUGUUUAACUAAAAGAAAAAUUAAUGAUCAAUAAUAUAAGAUGUACACAAUGAUCAAUAAUAUAAGAUGUACACAAUAAGCGUAUGUUCAAUAAUAUAAGAUGUAAUUAUGUAGUAAUUAAAUAACAAAUUUUUAGGGAAAA